AUGUCGGUUCCCGUGAGCCACCCCGUCGCGUCAAGGGUCGAGAACGGCAGCAGCACUAUCCCCAGCACUAUCCCCAGCGCACGAACGAGCGGGAUGCAGUCAAACAAGUCACAGCACGAAUCCAACUCCACGGUCCUCCCGCUCCCCGCACCCUCCUACGUCUGGCCACACCCCUACUACUACGAAGACGGAUUGCGGCGCGUCUCCCCUUACUUCUACACCUACAAUACGUGGUGUAAGGAACGAUGGCGUGGCCGAGAGAUGCUAGAUGUGUUCCAAAGCGAGUUCCGUGACCGACCACUCGAAUAUUACCGCGAGGCCAUGCAGUCUGGCAAGGUCGCUGUCAACGGCAAAACCGUUGGGCCACACCACGUCCUCAAAAAUGGGGAACUUAUCUCGCACACUCAACACCGGCACGAACCCCCCGUCACCGCCGAGCCGGUUGGCGUUAUCCACGAAGACGAAGACAUGGUGGUGAUCAAUAAACCAUCCGGGGUACCCGUCCACCCGGCCGGCCGCUAUCACUACAACUCGGUGGUGGAGAUCAUGAAGGCCGAAAGGGGUCCCACCUUCGCACCGCGGCCCUGCAACCGGCUUGAUAGGCUUACCAGCGGCAUCAUGUUCAUUGCAAAGAACGCGAAAGCUGCCGAGCAGCUCGGUGCGCAGAUUUUACAAAGGAACGUCCGCAAGGAAUACGUCGCUCGCGUUAUCGGCAGGUUCCCCGACGGAGAGGUUGUGUGCAACCAACCCAUUCUUCAGAUAUCCCCCAAACUCGGACUGAACAGAGUGCGCGCAAACGGCAAGGCCGCCAGGACCGUCUUCAAGCGCCUUGCCUAUUAUGCACCGCAGCCGAUUCCCGGCGCGGAGCCCGCGACUGGAACAGCUGAGUCGACCGUCCGGCAGGGAGGUGCCGGUAACAUGGCAAACGAGGGGUAUUCCAUCGUGCGUUGCCUGCCCGUGACAGGGAGGACGCACCAGCUGCGAGUGCACCUGCAGUUCCUAGGACACCCGAUCCAAAACGACCCGAUUUAUGCCAAUCAAAAGGUCUGGGGGUUUGACCUGGGGCACAACGAUGCCGACGGGACGCUGAACAGCGAUGAGGACAUCGUGUCUCGCCUGUCGCGCAUGGGCAAGGACCAGGUGGCGGAUGCAGUAGCAUACUACGACGAGGUCGUGGAUGAAUACCACAAGCAAAAAGCCGAGAAAAUGUCGGGUGAUGUCUGCGACGUCUGCGAUACACCGUUGUAUACCGAUCCUGGGGAGCAGGAGCUCUCCCUGUGGCUGCACAGCCUCCGCUAUGAGGACUCUGAGGGGGCCUGGAGCUAUGUCAGCCCUUUGCCUGCCUGGGCACUGCCGCCCGAAGGGUCUUGCGGUCCAACACAAGUGGGUGGAAUUGAGGAUUUAGUCGACGCGGCCGGUCCCGAAAUCACCGAUUGA